CUGACACAUAUCACAGGUUAAAAUGUGUUGUGAAGAGUCACAGUGGUGAAGAGGAGCUGAAUCUGACUGCUCGGCUCGAGGUCUGUCAUAAUGAUUUGGAAAUUGGUCCAUUUUAGUACUUUCCUUCUUGGAGUACUCACAUCCCAAACUCUAUUUUCCCCUUUCGCCACUAACACUGACGAAGGACUCUGUCACAUCUACAACUCUGGCCGAUCUGCAGACUGUCUGGGAAGACAGCUUGAAAGUGUCCCAUGGAGACAAUUUCCAUCCACACUGGAAGACAUCGAUCUUUCCUACAAUAAACUUCAAGCUGUCCAUGCUGACGACUUCCUCCGCUUCCCCCGGCUUCACACCCUUAAGCUGCAGUACAAUAACAUUUCACACAUUGACAAUGAUGCUUUUAAAAACAGCACACUGCUUGAGCAUCUUGACAUCUUCAAUAACUCCCUGCAAGAAAUUCCUGCCACAGCGCUGACUCCUCUCUUGAAUCUAAAAAAGCUCUACAUGUCCAAUAACCUUUACAAACAUGCCACUUUGGCUGAUAGCUUCUCCAGAUUUGUUAAACUCACAGUUCUGUCUAUGGGUGGGCCUCUGGUGAUGGGUCUAAAGAAAGCUGAUUUCCAGCCCCUGAAGAACAUCAGGUUACAAGGCUUUGCAAUCAAAUGUUCGUCCAAUCUAAGUUUCUAUGAGCCUGGAAGCUUGGAAGUCAUCCAGACAAAGCAGAUGGGAUUCGAUAUGGCCAUAGAUCAGCGACCUGACACUCUUCAUCACAUGCUACGCGACCUUGCCAACAAGACCUUCAGCAUCAUCCAGUUCCGCAACCUCUUUGAAUUCAUGUACUAUAUGGGCGAGGAGGACAUUUUCCAGGGUUUAAAAUACGUCAAGGCAUAUCAGCUCAUCUUUCACAGAGGGAAGUUCAAUGAGAAUCUCCUGAGGAUGGCUUUAAUGAACCUACAAGAUGCCCCUAUCAAAAGGCUGAGGCUUCAGUACAUCGACUUUGCCCGAUCACCAACAUUUGUUGAUGGCGGAGCAGGUUCCAGCAUCACAGACCUGGCACUGGAUAAGCUGGAUCUUUGGUAUAUCAGCAAUCCUGAUGUGCUGCGAUUUGACUGGCGCUUCACUUGGUUCAACAAAGUAAAGGAACUGUCUUUUCAGCAUGUGUACUUCAACUCCGUACCUUGCGAUGCCUGGGUUGAGAUGGAGGGUGCGGAGUUUCUGGAUGUCUCCAAUAAUCGGCUAGAGAAUGAGUUUAUCUUCAACCAGAGGUGUGAUUACAAGGGCACCAUGCCAAAUCUUCACACCUUCAACUUAAAUAACAAUGACCUGACCAGUUUGAAGGACUUGUCAUCGCUGACAAGGGAGUUCCAGCGGUUGCAGGUGUUGGAAUUUAGCAACAACAAACUGGGAUCCGCUGAAAACAGUCGGGAUUGUGUCUGGCAAGAAAACAUCACUCGGGUUAUUGCUCACCACAAUCAAUUCGUAAGUGAAGCCCUCCGUUGUCUGCCCACCACAGUGCACUACUUAGACCUAUCCUACUGCAACCUGGACCAGCUGGACAUGGGGUACUUUGAGAAAGCCACCAAUCUGAAAGAGCUCCUGCUGAGUGGGAAUAAAAUCAAGUUCAUCCCAUCUAUCUGGAAAAGUCCAUCACUGCAGUCACUCACUUUGGAUGGGAAUUCGUUUGGCCUCAUUAGCAAGGCAUCCUUCCAGGACAUGCCGGCACUGUCUCAUCUGAGGGCGGGGAACAAUCCUUACCACUGCACUUGUGCGCUCCAUGCUUUCAUCCAGGACACAAUGUCAGAAGGAAAGGUGAACCUCACAGACUGGCCUUGGAACUACAGGUGUUACCACCCAGAGGCUUUGCUCAACACAGUCAUAUCCAGAUACGUCCCAGGUCAAGUGGCAUGUGAUACCAGACUUCUUAUCAUCAUCUGUGUUGCGACCACUGCAGCGGUGAUCUUGAUACUGAUGCUGAUUUGCUAUAUUUUUGACCUCCCGUGGUACACUAAAGCCACCUAUCAGAUCAUCAGGGCCAAAUACAGAGCUCACAAGGAAAACGAGGCAGGGGAAUCUGGGACUUUCACCUAUCAUGCUUUCAUAUCCUACAGCCACUCUGAUGCAGACUGGGUAAGGGACCAGCUUUUGCCCUGUUUGGAGAACAACAGGAAUCCCUAUCGUCUGUGUAUUCACGAGAGGGACUUCAUGCCAGGAAGAUGGAUCAUCGAUAACAUCAUUGACAACAUUGAAAAUAGUCGCAAGGUAAUAUUUGUCCUCUCUCGGCACUUUGUUAACAGCGAGUGGUGCAACUAUGAGCUGUACUUCGCACAGCAGAGAGCAAUGGGAAAGGCUUUUAGUGACGUCAUACUAGUGGUGAAGGAGCCCAUUGAUCCCAGGUCCUUGCCUAGUAAAUACUGCAAGCUUAAGAAGAUGCUGAGUACCAAGACGUACCUGGAGUGGCCCCAGCAGGUCAACCAGCAGGCUUUUUUCUGGGUGCAGCUGAAGAGUGUUCUGGGCAAGCCGACAAUGACUCGAGAGGGGGCGCACAGUGUUAAGAGGAGAACCUCAUCUGUGGGAGGCGUUUCUGUGAUUGAGCUCCCAAUGGAGGAUAGGAGGCCUGCAAUAGCAGCACCGAAGGCAGACAAAGAAGAAGAACCCCAAAAAAGACGAAAUGAUGAGCUGUCAAAUCAGAGCCAAAUCCCCAUUGUGGCAUUUUGACCAACAGGUUAUAAAAUAAAGCUUGUAUGAUUUCUUCAGUUUUGUCUCAGUAAAGGCCUGAACUCAGGUGACCUUUUGUGUGCAGGUUAACUCAAGCAGGGAGCAAAAGCCAACGUCUCAUUACGAUGACAGACAAUAACACGACCCCUCUCUGCCCACGGCCCUCUGUCAUGUUACCCCUGAGGGCCGAGCCGAUGCCCUCUGCUCCACUCUCCCUCUGAGCCUCUCGUGCUGGGCGCCCUGCUGACAGGCGCUGAAAGGCCACAAACUCAACGGCUCAAGUAAGAUCUCGCAUGUCGCACUCUGGAUAACAAGCCAGGUGCCAGAAAGAUGUGCUGACAGGAGCCACGUUGUGAAAAGGCAGUGCUCUGUUACAUUCUCUGCCCUCAGAGGUAUGAGAUCAUGCAUGUUCAAAUCCUGAUGUUCCAGGGCCAAGGCCACACAGGUCAUAUAAUACCAAUACUUCUAAGAAUACAAUGUGUUUUAGGGGGAUUAGCCCAAUUGCUGGUUAUAUAAAAAUCAAAAUCACACAAAAUCUUUGUAGAUAAUUGGAUUCAACACUGUCGGCAGUGCAUGCCAGCUCCUCAGUUCAGGCAAUGCUUAGAGAUGUCUGGUUAUGUGGCAAAAGUUAAGCAAGUGAUAGUACAGAAAAAUAAACUGGGAAAUAUGGCGCUCCAGCACUUUGCAUUUGCAUCAGCUCUUUUAGCGUGUGCUAAUUAGCUCAUCAUUUUGAAGUGGCUCUCCAUAGGCCCUCUAGUGUUUCAGGCUGACUUUCAAGUUGUUCCUGUAUUAAACUAUUGCAACUUUAAAUACAUUUAUGAGACCUUCACACAUCUCUUUAAACAUCCCAUAAUCUACACACACAUACAUAUACAGUAAUAAUGCGUACGUAUAUGAUAAAACUUAAUUUAGAGUGUGAGAGAAGGGGCAUAUUGUGUGAAUAAGCCUUAAAUAAAAAAGUUUGAAAGUUGUAUCUUAUAAGCUAGUCAGUGUCUUUACACACUUUACAAACCUGACAAUAAAAACAAUGUCAGACGAAGCACUAAAGCAAAGUGUGACAAAGCAACAGGGAGUCUGCCAGAUGUCAAUAAUGUGAAUGUAAACUUGCAGCCAUCCUCUAGGUUUCCUGUGAUUUGAUGGAAGCGGGUUUCCUUCCAGUGUGUUCUUGAAAAAAUAUGUUGUUGUUUUUUUAAAUAUGUUUUCUGUUAUUGACUGAAACGUCCCACCUACAGCAAAAGACUUUUUUAUUGUACAACACAAAAGCAGCUCUGUUCUGUUAUUUAUUGAUGAAUCUGAGUUGAGUUGAGCUCACACUUUGUGCUUUGAUGGUUGAUGUUUCUUGAAAUCAUUUCACUUUUGCAAACAGUAUUUGAGUCUGUAUCGUGCAGCAACUUAAGAAACAGAAACAGUCUCCUCUAUCUGGGAACCCUGACUUAACAUGUCAGGCUCUUUGCAGAGUUUGCAAAUGACCAGUAGAUGACACCCUUGAACCUGCAGAAAUCAAUGGUGAAUCAGUAUUUGCAUUAACGACGAGUAAACAGGCUGCACAAGUCCUCACCAAUGCAUAUGUGUAAUGUUCUAUGUAAAACAUCUUUUUGACUCUUAGUAUGUCGACACGCUCUGUAUUUCCAGCUCUGGUUAUCAUAUUUAAAGCGCAGUACAUGUACAUGCCUCAUUUUUAUUAUUCAAAAAUGCUGGACAGUCAUAAUUCUUACAAAGCAGUAUUGGCUGAAAACUGUUCGUCGUGGCUAUAAAAGAGUGAUUACUCUGGCUGCUGUCACUCUGCCUCUUCUUGCAGAUCUCUGCAGUUGGUUCUCGACCAGCUCUGGUGAGCGAUCAGAGGUGGUUGCUUUGGUUUCCUGCACAAAAGAGACAAGAGGCUGUUUUUCAGGGUCACGCAUUCAGUCGGUCUCAGGGAAAGAAAGCGUUUCUUUUAUACUUAUUACUUUACUUCAGGCCAAGAAUAGAAAAUCUAUGUGUGGUCUGAGAAGAUGGGCUUUCUUUGUUGAUUCAGAAACAUUACUGUGACAUAACUUCCAUCAAUGAGAUUUUCAGAUUUUGUAUAUAAAAUGUGCAAUGUGUGUAAAAGCUCUGGCAAUAUUUAUUAUAGUUCUUUGUGGCAAUAUAUACAUUUACAUAUUAGCAUAUCUUUCUUUUAUAUAGUCCUUUGUAUAAAAUGUACAUACAUAUAUAGUCAGCUUUUAUUUUGUAGUUUGUAUUUCUCUAUUUCUAUUUUUGUCCUGCCUGUUGCCUGUAACACCAAAAUUUCCCCGGCUCGGAAUUAAUAAAGUCUUAUCUAUCUAAAUAUUAUACUGUGUACACAUAGCACAUUUUUGCUCAUGUGUCCCAACUGGAAAGCUGAAGAGCAACUUGUGCCUUUAAAAUGAUCUCAUAACUGCCGUCAGUUUAUUUUUGACUAGAACCAUGCAAAUGUCCGUGAAGCUUUUAUACCGGUCAGCUGGAGAUAUGAUGUAAAUCAACCCCAAAAGUUCGCAUUCAGUGAAAAGACAGCUUCAGUUUACUGGCCUGCUCUUAAUUUGUAUUGCUACUCAAGCAUAAUCAUAAUGUAUUCCCAUAAUUGCAAAUGAUGUGGCUGGAAAGCAUUAGUCACACCUAAUAAGCAGAAGGCUGGUAAAAUG